AUGGAAGCAGGCAGUGCCAGGCUGGCUCCACCCUGGAGGACAAGAUCUGAGUUGGACGAUGACUAUUAUCCCCAAGGCGGUUGGGACACCGCCUUCCUGGUCACACUGCUGCUGGUGGGGCUGCCAGCCAACGGGCUCAUGGCAUGGCUGGCGGGCUCCCAGGCCCGGCACGGGGCUGGCAAGCGUCCGGCCCUCUUCCUGCUCAGCCUGGCCAUCUCGGACUUCCUCUUCCUAGCGGCCACUGCCUUCCAGAUCAUGGAGAUUCGACUGCAGGGACACUGGCCCCUUGGAACAGCUGCCUGCCGCUUCUAUUACUCCCUCUGGGGGAUCUCCUACUCCUCAGGCCUCUUCCUGCUGGCCGUGCUCAGUCUCGACCGCUGCCUGAUGGCCUUUCUCCCUCGGUGGUAUCCCUGCCAUCGCCCGUCCCGCCUGCCACUCUGGCUGUGUUCAGGGGCCUGGGUGCUGGCCACCCUGUUCAGUGUGCCCUGGCUCAUCUUUCCCGAGGCCAACGUGUGGUGGUCUGACCUCGUCAUCUGCCUGGACUUCUGGGACACCGAGGAGCUGCCCCUGCGGGUUCUGGAGAUCCUCGGCGGGCUGCUGCCCUUCCUCCUCCUCCUGGGCUCUCACGUGCUCACCCAGAUCCAAGCUUGCCGGCUCCGCCGCCGGCAGCAGCCGCAGGACGGCACAGCCGGGCCCCGCCCGGCCGGCUUCUCCCGCGUGGCCGCCACCAUCCUGUCGGCCUAUAUUGUCCUCCGGCUGCCCUACCAGCUCGCCCAGCUGCUCUACCUGGCUUACCUGUGGGACUUCUACCCUGGCUACUUCCUCUGGGAGGCGCUGGUCUACUCCGACUACCUGCUAGCACUCAACAGCUGCCUGAGCCCCUUCCUCUGUGUCUUGGCCAGUGCCAACCUCCGCGCCCUUCUCCAUUCCAUGCUCUCUUCCUUUGCUGCUGCUCUGGCUGAGGAGCGGUUCAGGGGCGCCAUGCCUGCAGCCUCGCUGCCGGCUCAGCCAGAGCCCGCAGUCCCGCUCCAGCCCCGGUUGAACCCCAUGACCCAGGUCCAAGUGAACCCUACCGCCCAACCCCAGCCAAACCUGACCGAUCAACCUCAGGCCCACCCCACAGCUCGGUCCUCUGACUCAGUCCUCAGUCCUCCUCCCUCAACCCCUGACCCCUGUGAAGGUUCCCCAUCUAGUCUAGCCACAGAGCAGCCCACACCAGCUGCCCCCGAGGAGCCCACCAUGCCCCCUGCCCCUGAGGGGGACAGCUCUGAGGAUGCUCCUCCAUAG